AUGUCCCCAAAGAUACUUGACAGUCCCGCUGAGGACGUUCCUCAGACUAACAGUCCUUCUAAGCCUUCGUCAGGAGUCCCCACGAACGUCAACUUCAAGGCCGAUCAACCUUGGACCCCGGAAAGCGUACUAUCCACCAUUCCUCACCGCCCUGAGCAUGAUAAGGAUUCUCCAAUUCCAUUCUUCCAUAUUCUUGAGCGAUUGAAGACUACCAAAAGAGCUGGCUGGCGACGAUUCGGGCUUGAGGAUGCCGAGUCAAUCUCGGACCACAUGUAUCGAAUGUCAAUAUUGACCAUGCUCGCUCCUCCUUCACUCUCAUCCCGGGUGAACAUCCCACACUGUACAAGGAUGGCGUUGGUGCAUGACAUGGCUGAGGCCUUAGUCGGCGACAUCACGCCAGUCGACGGGAUUUCAAAACCUGAGAAGUCGCGCCGUGAAUCGGAAACUAUGGACUAUAUCUGCCAGCGAUUGCUGGGUAGUGUUCCUGGACUUUCAGGAACAGAGAUAAGGCAGAUUUGGCAAGAAUAUGAGGAUGAUCGGACACUUGAAGCAACUUAUGUUCAUGAUAUUGACAAAAUGGAGCUUCUUCUACAGAUGGUAGAAUACGAGCGAUCACAAGAAGGGCGCGUAGAUCUCGGUGAAUUCACGUGGGUAUCAACGCGUAUCAAGCUUCCCGAAGUGAAGAGUUGGUGCGAGGCGGUCUUCGAAGAGCGCAGACAAUUCUGGGCGUCCAUCGGAAAGGAACCUUUAUGGCGAUUACAAAACUAG